AUGACACUACCAAUUCUUCCACGAAAGGAAUCUCGUAACGACGACCAAUUCAUCACCGCGGUGAUACAGAGUUCUCGGUCCCAACAUGUUAAAAGUAUCACCCGCGACCAUCCCAAACUGCGUCAAGUUGUCUUUCACUCGAAUGAAUACCAGUCUGACGACUUUCGGAAUAAAUUUCUAAAUGUGUUGGAAUACAAAUAUGCGGCAGCUAUUCAACAACGUGGACAAGAAAACGCAUUGCCAUGCGAGUGUUGUCGAGACAAUGAUAAUCGACCUUUCACUACUUGUGUCUUCAUCAGAGAAGAACAGUCUGGAAAAUGUGCCAACUGUAUAUUUUUACGGCAAAUCUGUACUCAGACAAAAACUGGCCACCAACAACGCCAAGAUGGGAGUCUACGUCGUGCUCAUAACCCGAAAAAGGCACCGAUAUCCUUUGCACGGCCAACUAUCAUAAAGCGUGUGGGGUAUCAUGUCAUCUCUCCGGACCAUGAAAGCUUGAAUCCUGGGACAAAUAGCUACCGGGUCUUGGGUAAUCUAGUUCUUCCACCACCGCCUCUUGGAAAGCAUCGUCAUCUAGCGGGAAAAUACAAGAAUGAGCUGGACAAACUGCACCGUAGGGACAUGAGCAAACUCCCUGACCGUCCAAUCGCGGAAUUAAGCAGCUCAUUCUUGGACUUUAAACGGCGAGAAGCAGCGGCUUGGGAAAGCUAUGAGAUAAGCCACCCAUUGGAGGACAUUCCUGGGUAUUUAACGGAUCCUAGGUAUCUAGUGAAGCCAUCGGGAUCGCUAGAAUCACCACUUGCACAUCGCUUAAACCAGCCGUCUUUUACUACGACCCAAGAAUAUGACGGCGAAACGGCAGACCCUACAAACGGGUGCAUUGCAAUGGUGAUGGGCAAUGCCUAUACACCUGGUACUUUCCUUUUCAAUCAAUUUCCAAGGAGAAGCUAUCAGUCAGAGGCUACUGAAGGAGGCGAGUUUCCCGAUGACGUGCAGGAAUGCCACGUAAAAUUCACCGCUGAUAUCGCCGACUCAAUCUACGCCAAAGUGGAGAUUUUUUACGGAGUUAAGGUGGAGAAGUAUACGCGAAAAAGUCAGACGUUUGCCGUUUUGCCUCUUUGGGGUGAAUUCGACAGUAUCGAAAUUCGCUUGAUGUAUGAGAAGGAUUACGGCAAUCCAGACAAGGAUUACAUGUUUCGCCGUGCAGUUCUUACCUGCAAGCACCCGCAACACCUCAUGAUGCCAGGAAAUCCAAAGAGUUUAGGUGCUCAACAGGAUAAAAUCACUAAGGCUGCAUGGCUUAUGGCUGAAGGCAAGGGGCACCACAUACCAAUUGUUCCGAACUAUUACUCCGAAGAGAAGUGGAAGCAACGUGCACCCCCGAAACCCGAGGGAGUAGCACUUGGGAGGAGUGCUAAGCCAGUUCCCGUAAUCUUUGCUGGAGAAGAUACAAGAUCUUGGCGCGACUUUUUUUCAAAGCAUCCCCAUAGCGACAAUGAUCUUCGGGAUCUGAUCCAGCCAGCCUUAGAGGCACUAAAGUCUGCUUCACCUCACGAAGCAUGGGCUUACCCUGAGGAUAUACCUAAACCAGUUCUGGACUGGUUACGAGGCCAAAAGCAAAUCCUCUUUCCGAACCAACAACCAUCGAACAUGCAUGAGAUUCAUGAGAGAAUUUCGAACAUUCUAAGCCGUGCAAAUCUGCUUCAGCAGCCAACGCCUGCGGAUUUAAUAUCCAGUCUAGCUAUGAUUUUGAAUCAUCAAAGCCAAAUCAUCGGCAAUCGCCGUGCCGAUACGCACUCUCUAUGGUAUAGUGGAUUUGAUGGCACAGUCUUGGCUCUUCGUUGCUCAGAAUGUGAAGAGAAUCAGAUCCGAUCAGAUGACCGACCUCGUUGGUCAGUCUCGAGUCCUGGGACUUAUCUUUGUCGCGAGUGGAAUUGCAGCAAAUGUGGCAAGAAAGCACGUAUGAUGCCGGUUGACGAAGACAUUACCUUCUCUAAGAAUGACAAACAUGAGUUGCAUAGCACUCCAGGGCCCGCCAGAAGUACUUGGGCCCAAAAUUCGUCCGGCCGACGGUAG